AGUCACGUGAGGCGCGGAUCCUGGGCGGGAGGGGGGGGUUGGCCGAGGUGGUCGGGAGCGGCAGGAAAGGAGGAAGAUGGCGGGGUGCAGGGGGUCCGUGUGCUGCUGCUGCCGGUGGUGUUGCUGCUGCGGUGAACGGGAGAGCCGCACCCCCGAGGAGCUGACCAUCCUUGGGGAGACACAGGAAGAGGAGGAUGAGAUCCUUCCAAGGAAAGACUAUGAGAGUCUGGACUAUGACCGCUGCAUCAACGACCCUUACCUGGAGGUAUUGGAGACCAUGGAUAAUAAGAAAGGGCGAAGAUAUGAGGCGGUGAAGUGGAUGGUGGUGUUUGCCAUUGGCGUCUGUACAGGGCUGGUGGGUCUCUUUGUGGACUUUUCCGUGCGACUCUUCACCCAACUCAAGUUUGGAGUGGUUCAAACGUCGGUGGAGGAAUGCAGUCAGAAAGGCUGCCUUGCCCUGUCCCUCCUGGAACUCCUGGGCUUUAACUUGACUUUUGUCUUCCUGGCAAGCCUUCUUGUCUUGAUAGAGCCAGUGGCAGCAGGUUCUGGAAUCCCCGAGAUCAAGUGCUAUCUGAAUGGUGUCAAAGUGCCAGGAAUUGUCCGGCUGCGGACACUGCUCUGCAAAGUCGCUGGGGUGCUGUUCAGUGUGUCUGGAGGGCUCUUUGUGGGGAAAGAAGGCCCUAUGAUCCACAGUGGUGCUGUGGUAGGAGCUGGCCUCCCUCAGUUUCAGAGCAUCUCCUUACGGAAGAUCCAGUUGAACUUCCCCUACUUCCGCAGUGACAGAGACAAGCGUGACUUUGUGUCAGCAGGGGCAGCUGCUGGUGUUGCUGCAGCUUUUGGGGCCCCUAUAGGGGGUACCUUGUUCAGUCUGGAGGAGGGCUCAUCCUUCUGGAACCAGGGGCUUACGUGGAAAGUGCUCUUCUGUUCCAUGUCUGCCACCUUCACCCUCAACUUCUUCCGCUCUGGGAUUCAGUUUGGAAGUUGGGGUUCCUUCCAGCUGCCUGGAUUGCUGAACUUUGGCGAAUUUAAGUGCUCUGACUCUGAUAAAAAAUGUCAUCUCUGGACAGCUAUGGAUUUGGGUUUCUUCGUCGUGAUGGGGGUCAUUGGGGGCCUCCUGGGAGCCACAUUCAACUGUCUGAACAAGAGGCUUGCAAAGUACCGUAUGCGCAACGUGCACCCGAAACCUAAGCUCGUCAGAGUCUUAGAGAGCCUCUUGGUGUCCCUGGUGACCACUGUAGUGGUGUUUGUGGCCUCCAUGGUGUUAGGAGAAUGCCGACAGAUGUCUUCCACGAGUCAAACUGGUAAUGGCUCAUUCCAGCUCCAGGUCACAUCAGAAGAUGUGAAUUCAACUAUCAAGACUUUUUUCUGUCCUAAUGACACCUACAAUGACAUGGCCACACUCUUCUUCAACUCCCAGGAGUCUGCCAUUCUGCAGCUCUUCCACCAGGAUGGGACUUUCAGCCCCGUCACCCUGGCCUUAUUCUUCAUCCUCUAUUUCCUGCUCGCAUGCUGGACUUUCGGCACAUCUGUCCCCAGUGGCCUCUUCGUGCCUUCCCUGCUGUGUGGAGCAGCUUUUGGACGUUUAGUUGCCAAUGUCCUGAAAAGCUACAUUGGACUGGGCCACCUCUAUUCUGGGACCUUUGCCCUGAUUGGUGCGGCAGCUUUCUUGGGUGGGGUUGUAAGAAUGACCAUCAGCCUCACAGUCAUCCUGAUCGAGUCUACAAAUGAGAUCACCUAUGGGCUUCCUAUCAUGGUCACUCUGAUGGUGGCCAAGUGGACUGGAGACUUCUUUAACAAGGGCAUUUAUGACAUCCACAUUGGGCUGAGAGGUGUGCCUCUUCUGGAGUGGGAGACAGAGGUGGAAAUGGACAAGCUGAGAGCCAGUGACAUCAUGGAGCCCAACUUGACGUAUGUCUACCCGCACACUCGUAUCCAGUCUUUGGUGAGCAUCCUGCGCACUACAGUCCACCAUGCCUUCCCAGUGGUCACGGAGAACCGGGGCAACGAGAAGGAGUUCAUGAAGGGCAACCAGCUCAUAAGCAACAACAUCAAGUUCAAGAAAUCCAGUAUCCUGACCCGUGCUGGUGAGCAGCGCAAGCGGGGCCAAUCCAUGAAGUCGUACCCUUCUAGCGAGUUGCGCAACGUGUGUGAUGAGCACGUGGCUUCUGAGGAGCCAGCAGAGAAGGAGGACCUGCUCCAGCAGAUGCUGGAGAGGAGAUACACUCCCUACCCCAACCUAUACCCUGACCAGUCCCCGAGUGAAGACUGGACCAUGGAGGAGCGUUUCCGUCCGCUGACCUUCCACGGCCUCGUCCUGCGCUCUCAGCUUGUCACCCUGCUUGUCCGAGGAGUGUGCUAUUCAGAAAGUCAGUCCAGUGCCAGCCAACCACGUCUUUCUUAUGCUGAGAUGGCUGAGGACUACCCACGAUACCCGGACAUCCAUGACCUGGACCUCACACUGCUGAAUCCCCGAAUGAUUGUGGAUGUCACCCCAUAUAUGAAUCCUUCACCAUUUACUGUCUCCCCCAACACCCAUGUUUCUCAAGUGUUCAACCUGUUCAGAACCAUGGGUCUGCGCCACUUGCCUGUGGUGAAUGCGGUAGGAGAGAUCGUGGGGAUCAUUACACGGCACAACCUGACGAAUGAGUUCCUGCAGGCCCGGCUGCGGCAGCAUUACCAGACCCUCUGACAGUUGGGCCUGGCUGAAGCCAGCCCACUCUCCCAGAGAUGCCUCUGCAGGUGGCCCGCUCACUUGCUGGCCCCCACAGCCGGCAUGAAGGCUCCCAUUCACCCGUUUGCUCAGAUGCCUGGAGUCCUGGAGAUGGGGGUCAGAGGUUUUUGGGGAUGUGUUGAGCAGGAAGUUGGGGUUUUACUAACUUCCUCUGUAAGAACCUUCCAUUCCCCAGCUCCCCCAAGGAGACGUCAGGGUGCCGUUGGGCUGGAUCCUAGGUGGACACUUGGAACCUCUCUGUUGCUGUGCCCUUCCGGGAAGGAGUUGGACUGAGGCAAACAUUGAGGAUGUUGUUUGCAUAUCAUGUUCAUUACUAGGUUCAAGAAUUGGGCACCAAGAACUGUUCCCCAUGUUUGGGGAGGCCUGGGAUCAGAACCAGGACCUCAGAUACAUUCUGCCUGUUCAUUGGCCCAACUUUCUUCUCCUUUUGUUUCCUAGGAGCGGGUUCAUGCUCUUGACCCCGUGGCUUGAAUGUCUUUAGACUCAUUCCUGACCAGACCCUUGAUGCACUAAAAUUCCAGCUAACAGCCUUUGAAGCAUUAAAUCCCACCACAGGGGGACAGCUUCUCCCUUCUGUGACCAUUCAGUAGUUCCCCACUCACUGACUACACCUCUUCUCCCAGUGACACAUGCUCUCCUCCCAUUGUCAUUCCUUUCCUCAUCUGUCUUCCUGGUGGGGCAGCCACAACUUCUCAUGGAUUGAUUCCCAAAGUCAACCAAAAUUGAGGAACCCCUAGACAACCACUACCAGAGCCCUAGUGAAUUUGGGAUCACUCUACAAGCUGGCAAGCAAGCGGUCCUGAGCCAGGGCCAACCAAAGGUGCAACCUUGGGAGAAAGCCAGUGGCUCCUGUCAUGGUCGCUGCUCGAGCCCGGCUGCCCUGUGCACUCCCGACUCAGAGAGGAACCUGUGCGGCCGCUGGUCUCAGGCCCGGGAGGGAGUGGGAUGCUCUUGCUCUUGUGCUUCACUGCUUCAUGGCUUCAUGGCUGCUUUCUCUCCUGGCUGCCGGUCCUCUCAGAAUCUGCACCUCAGUGAACAUCUGAGUAGGGACAUUUGCGUUCAUCUUCCUGCCACCCAGGUGCCUUGUGGCAGCUGUUCUUUGGAUACAUGUGGCAUUCGUUUGUGUUAGAUACCUUUUAAAUCAUGGAACUUGCUGGUCGGCAUCUGUGCCAGGCCUGACAGAGUCCUGUGACAAGCACUUGGGGUAAUUGUCCCCGGCCUUGGUCUGGGCUACCUUGGAUCUUUAGGGCUGACAGCAGCCCUGGCCAUCUGUUUUCCCCCUUUGCUUACCUUUUUACCAGAGCGAGCUUGACUUGCUCUUGUUUUCAGCUUCUGACUGGGGGGAAACUGUCCCCAAGUGCUUGGGAAAAUAGCUGAGCAGGGUUGGGUUUGGCCUGCUGCCAGCUUCAUUUUAUGGCUGAUUUCAAUUCCUGCCCUGCUAUGUGCUCCAUCAAGAAGAAAACCAGUCGCUCCCACUAAGAGAAAAGUGUGACAUACCACAGAACUGUUUUCCCAGCCUGGUGGGUUUGCAGAAUUAUAGCCUGCGGAGGACCUCAGUCCACAGCUUCCCUGCCUCCAAGCCAGCCCUGUUGCGAUUUGUCCAUCGAGUGUGUGUGUGUGUGUGUGUGUCCAUCCAUCAGUUUAGCCCAGAAUGGACAGGGUCCGGGCACACCCACCCUGGCCCAUGCUCCUCUAGGACACUCAGUUCUCUGAGUCCCUCCCCGCUGAACCUGCCUUUCCAGAAAAGCCCAAAGACAACAGCUUUUUCACCUGUGAAUUAUAACUAAGCCCUGGACCCCUCCUCCCAUGGCAGUCCCUUGGAACUAGUGGCUCAGUCUCUUACCUGUUGAAGCUUGGUCACACCCACCCCACCCCCCAAUUUGCCGCAGCACCUUGUCAAACACAGCUCCAUGGAGGGACACAGGUUGGCUUGAGGCAGUUUCCUGGCUGGCUUCUGCGCCUGGGCAUUCGUGUGGUUCCCAGUACUGCUGUGGGAGUUGGGUAUUUCAUGAGAUGUCUGCAUGUGACCUUGUUAAGCAGUUCCAGCUGGAGCGGACAUUAGCUUGACUCAGCUAGCCAUGUGACAGUUUGAUGCAGACCUUGGUGACAAAGCUUCCGGAGAGGCCUGCACAGCCCUCCUGGCCCAGCCGUGUUGACAGGAGAGUUGUCCUCGGCUCCUGUGGACCUUGGAGACUGUCCAGUUGCAGCUUCCGCCUUUCUGUUCGUGCUGUCUGUUUAUACGGUAACAUUAGCUGAUUCCACUGUGUAGAUAAAUGGUAUCUUUUUUAAUUUGUAAAUGUCUAUUUUUAUUUGGCCCUUUGGAAGGUGGACGCUCUUGUGGUCACUCUUAAGUCAGAAUAAAAUGUCUGCACCUUCUCUGUA